GGUCACAUGACAUCUGUCAUCAACUAUUUUGUCAGGCGCUGAGCUUUAUCGGUUUACAGCUAACAGUAUGUCAGUAUACGCUUGUGGCUGCUUGAAUGUUAAAAUCCAUACAAGGGACAUCCACCCAGUUGACAAUAUUGGUGAUGAUGGUUCACAACCAUUCCUUGGUCGGAAAGUUGCAGAGGCAAUGUUGGAUGACAAAGGCAUUGUCAUAGAGCAGUCUUACCUGCUGCACCGACAGAGCACCAGCUCAGGAUGGGUGCAGUACCAGUGUGUCAACUGCAACUGGCGCACACAUGCACUUCGUACAUCGGACUCUCGUUCUGUGCUCAUCAACCUCCAGCUGGAGUCCGACCCGUCGGUCCUCCUCCGUCUCACCCGGUCCCCGGACUUCUCCCUAGUCUACCACAUCGUCAUGCAGAAUGACAACUUCCACGAUGUUCCCAUGCCAGAUGGGUCUGUGUACGAGUCUCUGGCAUCAGGGGUCUCCACUGUGGAAGAUCAGGCUGACAAUCUUGUUGAGCAAGAACAGGCUGCUAUGGAAGAACGCAUCAGGAACUUUGAGCACGAACAGAGGACAGUGUUUGGGCAGCUUCAGGCAAGGUGCGACAAGGAGAAGGCCCAGAUGCUGCGCCUUUUGAUGAAGGCUGUCAAUGAUGUGCCGCAGUUAGACAGGGGAGACAACUCUCAGGGAAAGACUUCUGUUUCAGAAACAUCUAGAUCUCCCAGGUCGAUGACAAAUAGUGCCAAACCUUCUGUGGGAGGGCGCAGUGGUAGUACCAAGACACGAUCUUACAGUGAAUAUGAUCAGAACCCUGACUCUGAAGCUCUGUUCUAUCUUGAUGAGUUGGAGCCCGAGCUUGAGGAGCCUUUCUAUGAGUCGGAUGAUGAUGUGCCUGGAAAACUCUCUGAGAGUAGCUUGUCCCACAACCGGACUCAAUCUGGCAGCGGAAAGACUGAUCUCUACUCCACAUCAGUACCAAUCUCUGUCCCCAUGUGGCGAGGUCGAAGGUCAUCCAGCACAGAGGAAGAGGAGGAGGAAGAGGUGACCCCAGCUGACCCAGACCAGAUGGCAGCCAACAUGCAAGCACUGGCCCAGAGCAUCACCGACACUGGGCGCUACAUCUUUGGUGAACGUCCACGUCCUCGUCUAAACACCGGUGAUGCCAUGACCCGCUAUGCUGAACGGCCCCGACAGAGGCUCAACACAACUGACUCUGUCUAUUGCAGGAAGUGAAUCUUGAAUGACUGUGCGUUUCUACUUAAGGAUUGUCAUUGACAUUAUCACUAGUGUUGUGGUAUCAUAAAGAUGUUCUACUCUACCGGGUUGCGCCAGGAACAAGUGUCAGUAUGCUUCUUUCCUAGAUCUCUGAGACUCUUCAAGAACAAGUAGGGAAACAGCAUCUGUUGACUCAUUCCAUCUGAUCUCUUCUCAUACUCAGAUGACAUUGUCUCUCUAGGUUUUCACAAAAUAUCAAGGCUCAGGAUUUGGUAGUGAGUGAUCUCCCCUUCCAGUGUCAACUAAUUAAAACAUAUUUCAAGAAUCUUUUUGAACGGGUUGGUAGUAAAGAUAUUGGUACAAAGCGUUAGGACUGGUAAUAUCAUAAAGUUAUCAUUUGUGAGGGUUACCAAAUGUGAUUUAAAUACAUUUUGUAGGGUUUUUAUGUAGGGGGUUGACUCAUGGGAUCACUUCAGCAUUAUUCCAUCUCUUCUGUUGUUUCAUAUAAGAUGAUUAUCUGAAGGAUUACGUUAAGACAAAUCUUGAUCUGUUCGCAGAUCAAGUGCUUAACAUCAUUUGCUGUAGCUAGUCAUGAUUUUGUACAUAACUGGAAUAUGGAGUUUCCAUAGAAACAGCCAGAGUACAAGUGGUUGCACCACAGACAUUAUGGCUACUACACAAUCAAGUUAAGUACAUCAUAAACUAUCAGUAUCAGUCCAUGAUACAGGAUAGGAGGGUUCUGUACAUGUCAAGAGGUUUGUGUGCACGGUUUGAGAGAGGGCAUGGUUGUUUGCCCAGUGUAGUCAUGGCGAGAAGGAUACUAGCAGUGAGCAGACGUCCUUUGGUUUGCUGUCAAAUUCAUUUUUGGAAAACCUUCAUAUGAGGAAAAAAAUAAUUUCAUUACACAUUGUCAUCAUGAUUUUGUAAAAAAUGUCAUAUGUUGACUCCUAGUUGUAUGUAAAUUUAGUUGAAGGUGUCUAUAUUUAUCUUGUUUUUGUUUGCAAGGUUGAAUUUGCCUUGUCCAUUUCAUCAAAAGCAAGUGGCUUUUAUCUUCUGAAGCUGUUUGGACACAGACCUUGUUCAGUCUGGAAGAUUUGGGGAUGACACAAAUGUUCACCAACUCAUCAUAUUCACCAAUCACAGGAUGUGAGCAGUGUGAGACGUUGUAUGAUGCAGGUUACUGUAUACCAUUGAACCUAGUGUUGUAGUAAAGCAUUAUUAGAGUCAGCUGGAAAUGAUUUAUUUCUGAUUGCCAUACUGAUUUUUAGAACUCAAGUGCCAAUGUUAAAUUGUUCCUACUGUUUUUGUACCACUCAACGUUAACUAAGUGAAAUAGACAUCUUUACCCACAGAUGUGAUCCUUACAAAAUGUUGAAUAGUAUACCAUGUACAUAGCUCUGAGGAGUGUGCUAUUUGUUUUCACCUUUUAAUCAUCACCAACCUAUGAAUAUGGGAGUCAUCAGCAUGUAAAGUUUGUGUACAAACAUUGUGACUUUAUCCAGGGUUUAAAGAGAGGUCAUGUUUUUUUUCUUCAGAAAUUUCAGACAAGGUUCUAAAUUGUUUGAUAAACAUGCGAUGUGUUCUGGACGAGACCCUGCAUUUGUUCCAGCUAGUCCUGUACCAAUUUCAGACUAGUCAUUCCAUAACACCACGCCUUGACAAAUAUGCAAGUCUGUUAGACCAGUGCCAGGAUCCAGUUCCGCAGAGUGACUUAGCGACUGUUGAAAGUGACUGUAUGGGAGCUAGUCAUCUUAGCGUUAUGACUGUUGAAAGUAUCUUCGUGUUAUGGUUUUUCGGACACUUUUGUUAUCUUUUUAAUCGCUUGAAUAACUAUAAAAUGUCUCACAAACUUAUAAAGAUAACUUUAUCCUAAACACAAGCCAUCAUUCAAGAAUGUACUAUGUUUGUGUGAAUGAACACCCCUCGUUAUGGCCUGAGUAAACACUUCCCAUUUGAAAACACAUAUUGUCCGAAAACCUAUGAUGAAACGAUAACUUUAUUGCUCAACAUUUGAGAAGUGCACUGAGCUAUUUCAUGCUGCUGCAUAAGUAGAGGACCGCGACUGGGGUACUUGAGUUGUGUACUGACUUUCCAUAACUGAAUAUGCUCCAGUCAUAUGGGAUACUGUUUGUAUGACAAACUUGUCCCAUCACACAUUCAGGUCCCACACUUGAAUGUCUAUCAAAUGUUGUGUAGUAUAUAUUGGAAGUAGUGCUAUGACUGUGGAAAGUUAAUAUGUGAGUUAGAGCAAUCUUGGUGCUUUGCUUUGUGGAACUGGUCCAAGAAAAUUGAAUCGAAGUUUUGAUUAGUUUCACUUGCUAGCUACAAGUAUGAAAUUUCAGUGUAACUGCUUGCAUUGCCUAUAUGAGGAUGUGAAUGAAUAAGUGAUGUUAGUGUUAAGUUUUUGAAAGCAUUUCUAUUUCUUAGCCAUGAAUAUCAAUGUGUAACCUAAUUCUAGCUGGUUUUACGUUGUAAUGACGUUUGCUGAAAGGCAUAUCAUAGACAGACACGCACAAUGUAAACAUGAUUUAGUUCCGAGUAGUAAAUGUUCCGGUUCGGAAUAAAUGCCGUGGAAUAAAGAAUGGAUGACACGAACAUAAAUUCCGCACAUUCCAUCGAACAGGAACAAAUACCGUAGGCCUAACCUAUUCCAGUCAUUAUUGAAUGCAAAAUGGACUCGCCCAACUUGUCCACAUCCGGGAUUUCUCUAGCCCGAAAUACGUGUGAAUCAUGUUAGAUCUAGGUGAAAAUUAAAUUAAUAAGCGGCCAUUUGCCACACACAGCAGGAAGGUGCAACAGACGAUUAUGGAGACGAAUACACUGCUCAUUGUACUAUGUAUCGGACGAGAUCAAGGAUAAGUCUGCUCCAUUGAAGCUUGUAUUAACUAGUGACCAGAAAUUAACAACCAUCAGAAUGUGCCAUAUUGAUCACUGUAAGUUUACCAAGACUGUAGAUCAAAUUGAAAUACAACGAUAUUUGGACAAUUCUUCAGUAUUGUCAGAAUUUCGAUCAGGACCCUUAUCACCCGACAUGUAGAUAUUAUAUGUACAUCCUUGAAAUAAUAAUUUGAAAUAGAUGCACAGAUUUUUAAAGAAAGGUGAACCAUAUCUAAUGCCACUUUAGGCUGCCCUAUUACACAACCACCGAGUUAUAUGAUGUUAAACAAAUUUAAGGUUUAGCUUGCUAUUAGGUCGGGCCUAAAUGGCACUAAGUGAAUGCAUAUUAUCAAAUAUUGUGAUGGUGUUUAUUUGGAUUGGUACAUAUGCAUUAUACCAGAUACCUGCCUGCCAUAUUUAAUUCACGGUAGGUCACGUGAUGCGAGUACGGAAAGGUGAAAAAAUAUAAAACUGAGAUGAAAAUAACCCUAACCCUAACCCUGCUAAGUAUCCGGAAUAAUGCAUUCUAGCCAAGACAAAUGAUGCCACUGACGAGAAUACUGUUUUGAGUCCUAUUAUAAGGAACUUUCACACAUGAUAAUUGCUUCUUGAUAGUCACAGGAUUUGUUCCAUAUGUAGGAUGUGUGUGAAAGUUCCUAUUUACCCGGAAUAAAUUCUGUGUGUGCGGAACAAAAUAAUUGUUCCGCAUGCACUAUUACAGGAACAAAUAUUGGAAUGAAAAGUUCCCACGGAACUUUUACUAUGGAGGAACCAAAUCUUUUUUACAACAACUCAUAAUGCCUGUGAAUUGCUGAAAAUAUGAGUCUAAUACCUUAAACUUGCACAAUUUUCAAAUUGCCCUGGAUAAACUUAAAUAUAUCCAUGUUGAUAUUGAUUGUAUAAAUGCUACAGAACAAUUUACGUAAAUACCGAGUCUAGGCUUGUCUUUUUACCAGAGUUGGAAAUAAUUGAUUUUGAAUGGCUUUUAUGAGUAAGUGUGUGAUUAUAAAUGGUGACCUUGACCUUGAUUUUAUGAAUUUUGAUGUAAAGUCCCGACUAAAAAAAUAUAUACUGUGCUGCUUUUUUUGUACCAUGUACAGUGCUAGGCCAUUGGCUGAUAUUUUCACAAAAGUUGCCAAAGGUAUUCCAUGUGGACAUUAAUGAAUCAAUAACUUGUUACCAUGGUAACUUCAUGUACAUGACUCCAUCUUCUUCUGUAUCAAGGCUAUGGAAAUACAUGUAUUAUGAUGUGUAUGCCAUAUACUUUCAUCUCAACUCUUAAUAACUGCAGAGAUGCCAACCUCUACGAUUAUAUUGUAUACAAAUUUUAGCCUCAAACUGCGCCAAUACAAUUGCAUUAGAAAUUCUACAAAACUUGAAGAAAGUUCGUCAAAAUUUGGAUAUAUAGACAAAAACAUAUUAUUGUUGAUCAAAUACAUUUUCUCCAAAAAGAGACAAGAAGAUAUGUAAUGCUGAUAAUUUGGAAAUCUGUUGUUGGAGGUAUAUGAAAUUAAAGCUUCACUCUUGAUUAGUGUCAUAUUAUCUUUCAAUCUCUCUCCAUCAUGAUUUUAGGCAUUUAGUUGACUACUAAUUUAAUGGCCAAACUACUAAUUUUGAUUCAUUGAAACUACUAUUUGCAACACUUUGGGGUCGGCAUCUCUGUAAUCGCAACAAUUUAUGUGAUUAUGGUGUGAUCGAAUCCAUUUUUGAGCUUGAUUGUAGUGCUGAAUACCCUUGCCUGUAGUAUCUUAAGAAAGUAUCCUAUAAUCUUUGUUUAUUAAUAUUGUUGUCAUCGAGUACCCUGUAAUCACAUAAAGGUGCUUGUGACAUACAUUGCAUAUGGGCAAGGUGCCCUGUUGGUGAAGUGGUCUCAUAUUAUAUUUUGAAUGAAUGUUGAUUUCUUUUUAUGGUUUUCAUUGCUUUCUGAAACUGAUAUAUUUGUUCGCAUGUGUAUUUACAAACAUACCUUGAUAUUAACAUGACUGUCAAUAUAGAAUGCUUGAACUAUAUUUUCAGACAUUGCAAAAUGACACCAGUGGUAUGAGGCAUUUCUUAUUGUUUCUGGUCAGUAGUAUGUGCGAGAGAAUUAUCAGCAACAGUUUGGGGACUCACUGUCCUACUAUAGAAACAACACAGUGAUGAUAUGUGAUACCUUAAGAUGAAGAGGUGAAUAUCAAAUAUACAUGUAAUAGUGAAUACAAGUCGUCUGACUUACCAUAGAAAUUACCACUAUCUGUCCUACUAUAGAAACAGAACACAGAUGACCAGUGAUACAGAUGAUACCAAUAGAGGUGAAUAUCAAAUAUAUAUGUAAUAGUGAAUACAAGUCGUCUGACUUACCAAAGAAGUUACCACUAUCUGUCCUACUAUAGAAACAGCACACAGAUGACCAGUGAUACAGAUGAUACCAAUAGAGGUGAAUAUCAAAUAUACAUUUAAUAGUGAAUACAAGUCGUCUUACUUACCAUAGAAAUUACCACUAUCUGUCCUACUAUAGAAACAGCACACAGAUGACCAGUGAUACAGAUGAUACCAAUAGAGGUGAAUAUUAAAUGUACAUUUAAUAGCGAAUAGUCAUAAGACUUUAGAUAAAUAUGUAAUAUUUUAUAGACCCACCUGUAAAGUCGUUGAAUCACUUUGGAAUAUUCCACUCUUUCCCCGGUGGUCAGUCAACAAUGCUCUUGUGCAUUGACUGAAUAUUUUUUCAAGAUGUAAAACAUCCACUGUAAAUUUUUCCUUUACUGUAGUGUACAAAAUAUUAUUGAUUGGGUGUGACUGACUGUCAGUGAGUAUCUCAUUCAAGCACCAGCAGUGAAGACAGUAUGUUUAUCAUAGUGUUUGUGUAGCCUUUAAAGCGUUCCGCGUCACGCCAAAGACCCGGGUUCAAUUCCCCACAUGGGUACGUGUGAAGCCCACUUCUGGUGUCUCCCACCAUGAUGUUGCUGGUGUAUUUCUGAAAGUGGCAUGAAACCAUCACUCACUCACUAAAGAGGGAGAAUGAUGUUGGAUUGAAUGUUUUUAUACUGGGAUCCAUGUGUUUUAUGACAACCAUUCACCGAUUUGCUCUCCUGUGUCAUAAUGGUUCUUCACCAUUUGUCAAUAGCAUGUGUAUCUGUACUUGCAGAAUUAUUUCAUUGUGAUCCAUUUCAUGUCCACCUGCCUACCACAAGAAGUGGUAACUGUCAUUUGGCUAAUGUGUGCAGUUGUGAAAACAGAUACUAUUUGGUGGUUUGUUUUGGUUCAAAAUGGUUUCAAAUUGUAACAACAUAUCGUAAAGUCCUGUUUUGUAUGCUUCAAAGCUCAGUUGUGGCAAUUACAUUAUCAUUGCCAAACAAUAUUUUGUUUGUAUUUGGAGAGGAGGAUGGAUGAACUGAUGUUUUUCCCUUAGUGCAACUGGUGUCAGUUGUUGGAAGUUACUGGGAUUGAAAGUCUGUUGCCAUUGUAUAUAUUGUUUUUAUUUUCAAUGAAUGCUGCUAUUAUGAUUAUGAUUAUUAUUAUUAUUAAAGUGUUUUGUGUCAGUGCAUGAACAAAUACUGUUGAUUAAUGACAAUGGUCAAGGGCAUUAUGAGAUCCAGUUGAUUUUAUACUUAUAACACUCCAACCCUAUAGGUACUUUCUGGACAAGAUUGUCUAGCUCCAUGACAUGGCAACUAUGAUGUCAUCAACAGCAACAAAUCAUUUACUUAGCACAAAAACAUAUACUCCUAGAAAAUUCUAGGACUUUAAAAAAUAAAUUAUGCUUCAAACUGUUUUUACAAAAACCUUGCCUGCCUGGUCUGAAAUUUACCUUUACAAGAGGUUCUAUAUUGUUUUCAGACAGAGCAUUAAUUAGCAAGAUUUGAGUGCGUAAAUGUUGUAUGAAGCUUAUGACAAGUUGCAUAAUUAUUAUAGAUGUUAUAUAAUUUUUCCACACGUUCAAAAGCCUAAUUUCCAGAAUUCUAUUGUUAGUAUUAAAGCAGUGUUUCUUGUGCCCUGUGAAAUAUGGAGAUACAGAUGUAGACAAGAUUGUCCAGUGAGUUCCUAUACACGUGUGGCAUUUUUUGUACUCCUCAGUAUACUGGUCUGUAUAUAUUUGUUUGACUUGUAACCAACCUGAUUGUCGUGCCAUAAACCCAUGCUUCCAUCCAAAGUCUGGCAAUAUCGUAUAUUGUCCAAUAUUAUGUUAUCAUCUAGUUAACACUUCAAGGAUUGUGCCUGUUACAACUGACCUUCCAAAGUUCAGGCUGUUAUGUGGUAUCGGGCUUCCAUGCCAGAUAAGCCUUGUACACACCCAUCUUCCUCCUUGCUGCAUGCUGUUUCUUCAUAACUCAGUGGUCUAUUGGGAUUAUGGUGCACUGGAAUUUUCAAUGAUAAAGACAACAAACUGGUUUUGCAAGCCACUGACAGUAUCUAGCUGACUGGGCAUUAGGAUUCCAAUUUUGCCAAUAUUGACAUUUUCUCAUUCUAAGCUUGUUUACAGCAUUGUUUGAUCGACAUUCUAGAAGUUGGUGAGUCAAUAAUGAAGCAUACAACUUUAUGGAUGACAACUUCUUGUUUAUUGCAUGGAGCGAUGUUUCAGUGUAUAUUCUUACACUUUUAGCUUGAUAACGGUGUAAGAAUCGACACUAAAACAUUUCUCUAUACAAUAAACAAGACAUCAUCCAUAAAGUUGUAUGCUUCAUUAUUGUUUACAGCACUUUUCAUUCAUACUUCGAAAACAAAAAUCAUUUAUAUAUGACUUUUCAUCUUAAGCCAGGGCUGCUUCUUUCAAAUGUAUCAACUGUGCCAGUGGAAGUCUGAAUGUUUAUAUCACCUUAUAUUGUGCAGGUGUGUUGUUAUAAUGUUGUUUAUCGAAUACAUGUUGAUGCACAGUGUGAAAAGGGAAGGCAAUAAUGACCAGGUCGGUCUGUGUUAUACACUUCCCUUUUCUUUCAUAUUACUACAGUUAAUGUCAUGCCAUGACAGUUUAACGUAGUAAUGUCAAAGACUUGGGUGGUACUUCAAUUUCUUUUUAGUGGUACACAAGAUCACUAUUAUACUUUGGUUCAAUCUCAUUUAAUCCAUUGAUACCUCACAGGAAGAGGUAUCAGAUCAGUAUAAUAGGUGAGAUUGCUGUGUAUUGACAAAUUUGCACCUUAUAAAUACAAACUGCCAAAUUGCUGGGUUUUUUUACACUUUUCCACAUUUUCCUACAAUACAACUCCUCUUGUUUACUUUUAUGAUAAUCUAUGGUCUUCAGGUAACAUUCCGUAAAACUACAGUGAUUAAUAUUUCAAAGGCUCUGUACUGAUUUGCCAGCAUGAUUUUUUUACAAAUACAGGUGACAAGGCAAUCAGGUCGAUGAAGGCUUUUUUUUAUUACUUUCAAUGUAAAAUGUUUAAUUCUACAUUUCUUAUGGCCUAUUAAAUCAACAUGAACAUAAAUGUAAUUUAGAAUAUUUUUUCUUUAUUUCAAGUAUGUAAGUGAAACAUAUUUUUAUAAGUCAUUUUAUUUACAGAUGUGCUAAUUGCAAUUACAGUUAAUGAAAUUAAGAUAAUAUACCUAUUAAAGCAAUGCAAUUGAGGACUGAGACUUCAGCUGAUUCAACAAUAAACAUUCUUUUUAGAGUAAAUGUUUCUACUGGAUGUUGAGUUAUCAAGAUAUAAUUUGUAUUGAACAUUUUAGUGUCAUCAGCCAAGACAAGCGUUAAUCCUCCACCAACCAUUUCUGUUCAGAAGCUAGGAUGUCACAUGUUAACGCUGCAUCUUAUAUGAUGAUUUCGUAACAAUUGUUGCUAGAACUGGUUGUGAGAGACUCCAGUCCUGACCUCCAUAAGACCAUGUUUUUGCCCUGUUUGGUACAUCAAACUGCCAUUAUUUGUCAAACAGGCUACCAGUUUCAGGAGAUCCUGUUCAUUUUCACAUUGUAUCACACUUGGAAUUUGGACAACACUGAAUAAACAUAUGACUUUUA